CCCCCCGCUAACCUGCUAAAAUCGCAAAAGGAGCUCAUAACAGCAUAAGCGAAACCGCGCGUAAUGAACGCAACAUGUAUGCAUGAGUUAAUGGGGAAAACGAAACACAGCAGAUCGAAGCGAGGCGAAAAAAUCUUUUUUGAAUAACAUUACCAACCAGCGUCGCCCCCAUUGUAGAAUUUCCCCCCCGACUUAAGGGCACACCUUUUUAACCUUAAUUGCGCAUUCGUGCCUAAUUAAAAAAUUUCCCUUUUGAAAACAACGCAACCAUGUCUCAGAUAAGGCCAGAACCGAAAGUAGACGUUCCUGAGGGUGACUACAAAAAGGGCGCCAAGCUUUUUAAGGCCAAGUGUGCGCAAUGCCACACGAUAAAUAAAGGAGGAGCGGUGAAGCAGGGCCCUAACCUAUACGGGUUUUACGGCAGAAAAUCUGGAGAAUCGGAUUUCCCAUAUUCGGACGCAAAUAAAAACUCGGGCAUUAUCUGGUCGGACAAGCAUUUGUAUGAAUAUUUGCUCAACCCUAAGUUGUACAUCCCAGGAACGAAAAUGAUUUUUGCUGGCAUCAAGAAGGAAAAGGAAAGAGCGGAUUUGAUUGAGUACUUGAAGAAGGCUUCCUCGGAGUGA